AUGAUGGUGCUGGGGAAGGUCGCAACUCCCAGCGCGUUAGGGGCCAGCAAGAGCGGGAAGCUGGUCGUGCCGAAGCCGGUUAACCUUCCGUCGCUGCGACGGGAGCACGCGGGCAACGAUCCGUCCGUCUCGCUUGUUCCCGCGAGCAGCACAGUCUCAGGAUGGCAGAGACCGCUAGGAGGGAAGCCGCAAGGAGAAGGGACGUCUGCAGCUACUAAUUCACUAUCAGGAUCUUCAUCAGCAGCAACAGCAGCAGCGGCAGCAGCAGCAGCAUCAACAGCAGGAGUAUCAGCUGCAGUUCGUUCGUCAGGUGCGACACACGAGGCGCGACGGUGCGUCUCGCUCUCUCCUCCUCCUCAAGGUUUCGACUUCCCGCCGAUUUCAGCAGCAGGAACAGCAGCAGCAGCAGCGGUCUCUGGAGCCGAGCCGAAUGGCGCCUCCUCGGCGCACCGACCUGGGGUGUACCAACCACCAGGCUCACGUGGCGGUAGCAGUGCCACGUCAGCCUCCACGUCAGCUGUUUCGGCAGUUGGCAGCACCGGGGUUGUUUUACGUGGGGAGGAUUUCCCCUCAUUGGAUGAUGCGACAAAGAAGCCAGCAAGCGGUGUUACGGCGAGCGUCGGACGCGGUAAGGAGCAACAGGGCAAGAAGAAGACGAAGGCAUUAGAGGCUAAUAACGGGGAUGAGCUGGCGCGAUCGGCGCAGGAGCGCGGGGGAGGGGACGAGGCAGGUCGGGCGACGGGACGGUCCCAGGGUAACGAUGCGGCGACGAAACGGGUUACCAGUGGGCGAUGGGGUGACGAAGAAUCGGAUCACGAGCAGAACGAACGAGAUCCUCUGUCCGGAUCACAGCCUAACAAGGCGCCGGAUUAUAUUGCCAGAGACCAAGGAGGCGAGGCUUCUGGCGAUUCCGCUACUUUUGGUGGAGAUAGGAUGGAUAGACAUCCCCGUUAUAAGGAGAACGAGAGACCGACCAGGCAUGGCGAUGGCAUGCUUCCGCCGAAUCGGUUCGGUCCGCCACCCGGGGGAGGCUUCCGCCGACCUUCCCCCCCGCGCAGAGCAUGGGCGGACGAUGAGCGGGACCUUGCGCCACCCCAACCCUAUCCGCCGCCAGGGGGGAGAAUGCCUUUCCCGCACAGAUUUGACGGUCCGAGGGGUCACUUCGACGGUUAUGGUCCCCCCAUGGAUGGAGAUCCGGGGGGGUUUCAUGCUAACGGAUGGGAUUCUAGAGAGGGCUUCCGCGAUUUUGGGCCGAGAAAUGGCGCCAGGGAGUGGUACGGGGAUCCGCGGCACGGCGAGGCGGCCAUGUGGCGCAGGGAGGACGCGCACGGAUGGGCGGAACUGCCUUCCGCGGGGAGAGGCGGAAGAGGGCCGGGACCAGGGCCCCCAGGACCCCCAGGCCCCCCGGGUCCGCCGGGUCCGCCAGGCCCCCCGCCCCACCCAGGCCUCCCAGGUCCCCCGGGUCCCCCAGAUCCCCGAGGCCCCCUGGGACAAGCGGGGCGGCCAGGGCCGUUAGGUCCGCCGGGGCCGCCGGGACUGCUAGGGGCGCCGGGGUCAGGAGCAGCAGGGGCCCCGCCAGGGCCGCCUUUCCCGGGUGAGUAUGAGCGGUACGGCCCAAUGGGGGAUGGGGGGAGAGGCAGAGGGGGUAGUGGCGGUGGGUACGGUCCGAGGGGGGAAUUUGCCAGGGGUUUCGGGCCAGGCCAGGGUUUUGGCCCCGGUCAGGGUUUUGGACCCGGUCAGGGGUUUGGUCCUGGUCAGGGUUUUCCGCCGGGUCAGGGUUUCAGGCCGAAUAGGGAAGGAGGAGGGAGGGGCAUGGGCCCGGAAGUUUUUGCCCAUGGGCCGAGGCUGGAAUUGCAGUCCCUGCCACGUGUAGGGGUUGAACCUCCGCCUAGCCUUGGGCUUGGUAUGCUGGGGCAGCUGAGGCGAAAGAAAUUGGAGGGCGAGGGUGGGCGGUCGGAGUUUCGAGAUGUGGAAAGAGAGCGGUUUGAAGCGGAGCUAGAGAUGCUGCAGUCGCAGAAAGAUAAGGAGAAGGUGAGGAAGGAGGAGGAGGAGCAGCGGACGGCGGAGGUGGCGAGGCAGCAGCAGGAGGAGGCGGUGAGGAGGGGAAGGGAGGAGGAGGAGAAGAGGCGUAGGGUGGAGGAAGGGGAGAGAGAGGCGGCGAGGAGGGUUGCGGUGGAGGAGGAGGAGGCGGUGAGACGGGUGGAGGAGGAGAGGAGGAGAGUGCAGGAGGAGAAGCGGAAGAUUCAGGAGGAGGAGGAGAGGAGGAAGGAGAAUGCGAGGAGGAAGUUGGCUGAGUUGGAGGAGCGCAUUGCAAGGAGGAAGGCUGAGGAGGAGGAGAGGAAGAGAAGGGAGGAGGGGAAGGAGGAGGAGGGGAAAGGGGGGGAGGAGGGAAAGGGAGCAGAGGAGCAGUGUGGGGCGCUGAUUGGUGCUGGGCUGGAGCAGCAGGGUGGGGCCUCGGUGAGUGCGGCGGAGUUGGGUCUUGAGGAAAAGAGUGCGGUGCUUGGGGAGGGGCGAGAACAUGCGGUGGAGAUGCAGGGGCAGGAGCAGGGGCAGGAGCAGGGGCUUGGGCAGAAUGGGCAGAUUGAGCAACAAGGAAAAGUCGCACCAGAAUGUUCUCAAGAGGAAGGAGCUGCAUUUGGGGCUAAGCCUGCUGAUCGUGAUGGCGGCAGCAUCCAGGAAACUUCUGAGUCAACUCAAGAGGCUGGUGGUGAGGCUGAGAGCGGUCAAGAGAUUGCAGAUAAGGACGAGAAGAAUGGAAUUGUUGCUGACGUGGCAAAAGGUGACACGUGGGCGGAUCGCGAGGGGGUUUGUGGUGAGGAGAAAGCGAUAGGGGGCGAAGUGGGAGGGGUGGGUGGGGAGAGGUUUCAAGAGGAGAUGAAUCAGGUCGGGGGAGAGGGAGGAAGAGGGGUUGAGGCAGGGGAAGGAGGCGACUCCCAGCUGAACCUGCACAAAGCACAGCAGCAGGUGCAGCAGAAGGAGCACCAGGAGCUGCAGCAGCAGCAGCAGCAGCAGCAGCAGCAGCAGCAGCAGCAGCAGCAGCAGCAGAAGCAAGAGGAGCAGCAGAAGCAGCAGGUGGGGCCUUUGGCUGGGUCCGCCCCUGUCCCAUCACUCUAUCACGUGAGUGCGGAUGCGAGGCAGAAAGGCAUGGGCGAGGGACAGCAAGACGCGAGUCAGCAAGGCAACCACACAAGUACUCAGCGGCUCUUUGACCCUAGUGUUCGCACGGAAGGGCCUUCGGCUGGGAAGUAUGCGGGUGGUGAGACUCAUAUGAAAGGCGAAGGCUCAGACCGGGCCGGGUUUGGGUUUUCGCCGUGGAAUCAGCAUCAGCUGCAGCAGUACCAGCAGCAGCAGCAGCAGCAGCAGCAGCAGCAGCAGCAGCAGCAGCAGCAGCAGCAGCAGCAGCAGCAGCAGCAGCAGCAGCAGCAGCAGCAGCAGCAGCAGCAGCAGCAGCAGCAGCAGCAGCAGCAGCAGCAGCAGCAGGUGCAGGGACUUUCGUUUCCUGCGUAUGGGUUUCCUGGCCCAGGCCCUCUCUUGCGCUCCCAUCAGUUCGCCCCACCAUACCCCCACUUCCCUGCGAUGCAGCAGCAGCAUAUGCACCCCCACCCCUUCCACCAGCCAUUCCCGGGGCAGCAGCAGCAACAACAGCAACAGCAGCAGCAGCAGCAGCAACAGCAGCAGCAGCAACAGCACCAGCAGCAACAGCACCAGCAGCACCAGCAACAGCAGCACCAGCACCAGCAGCACCAGCACCAGCAGCAGCAGCAGCAGCAGCAGCAGCAGCAGCCACCGUUGCUGCACCGGCCGCCUGGGCUUGCUCCUGGGUUUCUCGCCCAUGGGAAUUCUGGCCGCGGCUUUGCCUCAUUUUCUGACAAUACCCCAGCAGUGGGAGCAGUGGGGCAAGCGGGGCCAGUAAAUUCAGUGGGUACUGUGAAUUCAGUUUCAGCUGGAGGAGCAGCAGGGGAUGGAGCAGGAGGAAGAGGAGCAGCAGGAGGAGGAAGGGAAAGUGAUGGUGUGGCAGCGGGUAGGGCGGGGCACCAAAGGAAGGACGAGUUUGGAGGGAGAGAAAUUGGUGGUGGGAGAGAGGCGGGCAGUGGAAAAGAGAUGGGCAGUCAGGGACAGAAGCAGUUCGCAGAGAUUGGGAAUGGUGGUGGGGUGGUGGUGAGGGACAGUCGAUGGGGAGAGUCUGGGUCCGGGCAGUAUAUGGAAUGGAGAAGGAUAGGCCCUGAACCUGCUCCCGGUAUUUUUCUUGGGCAGGCUCGGCAGCCUGGAGCAGAGCAGUGGCAGGGGCGGGCUGGUUUCGGGCAGGAGGAAAUUUCUGGAGGAUCAGGACGGGCAGAAGGGCGAAAUUGGGCAAAUCAACUGAAUGGAGUAGGAGGGAGGGAUGGGCAUGAGAGGAGGGGAGAGAUGGGGCAGCAGAUAUGCAAUUUAGGGUUGCAGGUGGGGAAGGUUGAGGGAGAGGGGAGGGCAGAGGGGAGGGAGAGGGGAGGGAUGGGGGGGAUGGGUGUGGAGCAUGACUCGGAAAUGAGUGAAUCUGAGAGUCUUCCUGCUGAUGUGGUGAAUGAAUUGGGGGCGCUGCUGUCAGAUCGAGACGAGGGUAUGUCUGAUAGAGAGGAGGGACUCCUGGGUGAUCAUGAGCGGGAGGUGAUAGGUGGAGAAGAGAAGGAGAAGGUGGGGGGAAACGAAGGACCUGAUUCUGUUCAAAAUGAGGGAGCGGUGGGUGAUCAGGGAAUUGUGGGUGGUAAGGGAGGGGUGGAAGCGGAGGGGAAGCAGCUUUCAGUGAGAGAUGGAGAGAGGGCAAGUGGGGUUGAAGAAAGUGGGAGCGGGACUGCCCCUGCUGCUGCAUCUGCUACACUGGCUGCACCUGCUGCUGCAUCUGCUGCUAGUGCUGCUUCCAAGCCAAUCCUCCCGUCCCUGAUGCUUUCUUCUGGAGCCCCUUUUGUCAUUCAAAUUGGUUCUGUACCUCUCACUGUUGGCGGUCCUGCCCAGCUGUCCGGGCAGAGUGAAACUUCUGGAGCGUGCCCUGUGCCGAUGUUUCAGUUCGGGCAGAUUGGGGUGCUGGCAUCAGUGUCACCUCCUCUGCAUGCCGGUGGUCGACCCACUGGGUCUGAUGUUUCAGGGAUAAGCACGCAAAGAGACAUGCCACAGCAGCCGCCACUGAACCAGCAGCAGCAACCACCAAAGCAGCAGCAGCUGCCACCACCAAACCAGCAGCAACAGCAGCAGCAGAAGAGUGAGGGAGCAGCUGAUCAGGUAGCUUCGAGGAAGGAGGUACCUGUGCAAAGAGUGGUGGCACUAGAGCCGUUGCUGCCCCUUCCAGUUUCAGCGGCUGUUCCUGGCAGUGGCGGGGCAGCAGCAGCUGCACUGCCAGCAGCAGCAGGAUCGACAGCGGCAGCACGAGUAGGAGCAGGAGUAGGAGAAGGAGCAGGAGCAGGAGCAGGUGGGGCAGCAGGAGCAGCAGCACCAGGAGCAGUGGUGGUGGGAGGGACGGUAGGCGGGGAGCAGAAGGAUGGUGCUGGUGCAGGUGUGAUGGUGGCUGAUCGCAGGCAAGCAGUGGGGCGGGGAGGGGGGGUUCAGAGGAAGGGGAAGGAGCAGCUGAGGCAGGGAGGAUUCGAGGGAGUGACUGCUCGAUCCGGACUUGCAGCCUCGGCUGCUGGUGCGGUAAAUGGUCCGGUAGCUGGCUCGGUGACAGGUGCGGCAGCUGGUCCGGUGACAGGUUCGGCGGCAGCUCCGGGGCCUGGUUCGGCAGCAGGCACGACUCCUGCUUGGUUUGUUGCUCAGGGCGUGAGGGUUCAGGAGGCGAGGGUAGGACAGUAUCUUGAGGUGCAAGGAGCAGGGUAUUCUGAGAUUCGAGGGAGUGAUGGUGUGGUGGUGAGGACGAGGAUUGGAGGAAGGGGAGGAGGCGGGGAUAGGAGGAGGGGUGGCGGAAGGGGGGGAAGGGGAGAUGUGGUGGGGAGGCAGGCUGAAAGUGUAGCUGAAACCGUUGCUGAAGCUGCAGAUGCUGCUGCUGACGGUGCAAGUGGGUUGGUGCAGCCAGGGUCCUCACCAGGGGUGACUGCUGGGCCUGCUAAAGGAACAGAGCAUCUGGCAGGUUCCGAGAGUGAAAUGGCUUCAGGUGCUUCUUCAGGUGUUUUUUCAGGUGGUUCAGACAGUGGAGUGUCAGAGGUGGAAGGGGCUUAUGAGAGUGCGGAGGGGUCUGAAGGGGGGGAGGAGAGAGGGGAGCAUGAGGUUGGGAGAACAGAAGAGAGGGAGCAGCAAGAGAAGGAGCUGAAACAGGAAGGCAAAGAAGAAAAGGGGGCGGCGAAUGGGCAAAGGGAGGGGGAGGUGACAGGAAGCUCGGACUCACAGCUCAACUCGAAGGGGGGAAAUUCAGUAGUCAGUGCAAACGGGGAUGGGAUUCAGCAAUCACAGCCCGCUUCAGGUGACGGAGACAAGCAGAAGCAGCAGCAGUCGAAGCGAGCAGUGAGCAUUCGUCGGCCCUUCUCCAUGUUCCCAACCGCCUUCCUCUCCUCCUUGGGGUUCCUCUCUGGCGCCUCCUCCUCCGCCUCCUCCCCUUCCUCCACCUCUCCUCCCGCAGGGAAAACGUCAGCAGAGGCCCCAUCGAAAGCUGUAUCCCAGGGACCAGGGUCUAGGGGCAGAGAGAGGAAGGGGAAGAAUUCGGGUGGGGGGAAGGAAGGGGCGGGAGGGGGGAGGACUGGGCAGCAGGGCAGCAAGCAGCGGGCAGGCGUGAGGACAGAGGCUCCUGAAGCUGGAUCUGGUGCUGGCGGCAGCAAGAGCGGUGGAAGCAAGGAGGAGAGAAGAGAAACGGGUCAUGGGCAUACGAAGCUUGACUGGCUGGUCUCAAGGCUGGAGAAUCUAGGGGAUUCGGAGGUGCCGCUGGGAGGAGGGAUAGUGAAGAUGAAGGAACAGCAGCAGCAGCAGCAGCAGCAGCAGCAGCAGAAGCGCAAACACCCAGUCAAUGCAAACACCACUGGGGUUGGUGUGACCCUCCCUGCUACAACGGCUGCUACAGCUUCGGUUGAAACUGCAGUCAUGGUUUCUAUUGCUGCUGCUGCUGGUGAUGAGCAGAUUCCUCCUCAUCUUCCCGCCCCUGAGCCUGUGAAAGCCACUCCUGCACUGCUUUCUGCAACUGCAUCAAGAGCUAUCCCUGUCACGCAUGCUGUGCCAGCUGUGGCACCCCCUCCCAUGAUACUUGUCACUCCUCCCAUGGCUGCUCCGGUGGCUGCUUCAGUGGUGGUUGCUUCGGCGGUUGCUCCGGGACAGCAGCAGGAGCAGCCGCAGAAGCAGCAGCAGGAGGAGGGGCAGCAGCAGCAGCAGCAGGAGGGGCAGCAGUUGGGAUCAGCCCCAGGUGAUGGGUUCACUCCUGCUAAUGCCAUGCCCCCCUUUCCUGUAGCACCAGGAGCUCUGCCCGCUGCUGGCGCCCCUAGCUUCCACCCCGUGCAUGUGUUCCCAGGCAUGCUACCCCAUCAGGCCAUGGUGAACCCGCAGGGUAUGUUCGGGCAGGUGGGUCAGCCCAUGCAAGCAGGCAUUCCCCAGUCAAAUUUUGGGCCGGUUGGAGGAGCGGGGCAGGAAGGAUUGGGGCAGGUACGUAUGGGGCAGGUAGGAGUGGGGCAGGCAGCCAACUCAACAAACUCUCUCACCAGCGCCGCCCCUGCUUUCCGAUACCAGCGCUCCAGCGCGAUUGACGAUCACCGGUUCCCAGAGACGCUGGGAGAUGGGGACACCACGUUGACUUCCUUGACUGCCUUGACUCCAGCCACCGCACUCAGCUCCUCUGCACCGCAGCCAACUGCUCACAACCUCUCCUCUCGGCCUCUGCUGCACUCGCACGCCCAGCAUGCCCUGCCUCCCCUGCAGCCUGGUGCUUACCGUGGGCCUGUGCUUGGGGUGCCAGGGCUGCAGCAGUCUGGAGUGGUGGUGCAAGGGAGCAUGGCAGGGGCAGCAGCACUGGCACAGGCAGGAGCACAGACAGCACCACAGUCAAUGGCACAGUCAGCAGCAUCACAGUCAGCAGGAUUGGGGAUGGUAGGAGCGGGUGGUUUGCCUGUUCCUCUUCCCAACGUCUACCUUUCACAGCUUGGGCCUGUACCUGUAGGAAUGGCAGGAGGUCUGGCGGGAGGAAUGGCAGGAGGAAUGGCAGCCUCACAGCAGUAUGGAAAUAGGUUCGGAGGAGGCUCGGACCAAGGCAUGGGCUACUACCAAGGCAGGCCUGCUGGCCCGGGUGGGAACAAGAGGCGGCCUCGCCAGCCGCCGAGGCUCACCCGAGCCUCCGGCGGAGGUUCGGGAGGAGAUGGUCUGGCUCAGCCGCAGGAGGGAGCGAAGAGCCACGUGCGGAGGGACCUGCUGCUGCAGAUUCAGGCAGCCGUGCAGAAGCAGUGGGAGGAGGAGAAGGUGUUCGAGGCCACGGCCAAGGAGGGAGCAGCUGCGGGGUCUGGCCCGCGUGAUGAUCGCUUCUUUGGCAACUUCCCCUACCCCUACAUGAAUGGGCUGCUGCAUCUGGGUCACGCGUUCACCCUCUCCAAGGUGGAGUUUGCAGCGUCGUACCACCGGCUGAGGGGAGCUAAUGUGUUGUUCCCCUUCGGCUUCCACUGCACUGGCAUGCCCAUUAAGGCGUGUGCGGACAAGCUAGCACGUGAGAUGGACACAUACGGCUACCCGCCCCAGUUUCCCAGCGAGGAGGAGACGGCAGCUCUGGAAGCGCUCUCCAUUGCGGAGGGCAGUGCUGCUGCAGAGGGGGGGGAUGGGGCGGCCGCGGACGGGGCUAAGGGGGAGGAGCAGAAGGCUCCUGGGCAGUUCAAGGGGAAGAAGUCCAAAGCUGCUGCCAAGACAGGAACGGCCAAGUACCAGUGGGAGAUCAUGCGGUCCAUGGGCAUGUCAGACGAGGAGAUCAAGCCCUUCAAAGACCCUGCGCACUGGCUCACCUACUUCCCCCCUAUCGCUGUGGACGAUCUCAAGGCGUUUGGGCUGGGAGUGGACUGGCGCCGUUCUUUCAUCACCACGGACAUGAACCCCUACUAUGACUCCUUUGCACGCUGGCACCUGCAGACACUCUACAACAAGGGCAAGGUGGUGAAGGAUCGGCGCUACACCAUCUUCUCGCCUCUGGACGGGCAGCCCUGUGCGGACCAUGACAGGGCGUCAGGGGAGGGCGUACUGCCUCAGGAGUACACGCUCAUCAAGAUGCAAGUCGUGCCGCCGCUCACAGGCAAGCUCGAGGCUCUUGCAGGCAGAAAUGUUUUCCUCGCCGCUGCCACGCUGCGCCCGGAGACCAUGUACGGGCAGACAAACGCUUGGGUGCUGCCUGACGGGCAGUAUGGCGCGUUUGAAGUGAACGAAGCGGGCGACGUGUUUGUGGUAACCAAGCGAUCGGCUCUGAACCUCUCCUACCAGUUUCACUCCAAGGAGUUCGGCAAGCCGCACUGCCUGCUGGAGCUGACGGGGCACGACCUGAUUGGGCUGCCUCUCAAGGCGCCUCUGACGCCCAACCCGCUCACCAUCCUCACGGACAAAGGCACGGGAGUGGUGACGAGUGUGCCCAGUGAUGCACCAGAUGACUACAUGGCACUGCAGGACCUCAAGAGCAAGCCGGCCCUGCGAGCCAAGUUCAACGUGAAGGAUGAGUGGGUGCUGCCAUUCGAGGUCAUCCCCAUUAUAAACAUCCCCGAGUUUGGCGAUGCAGCGGCAGUCAAAGUGUGCCAGGACCUCAAGAUCCAGAGCCAGAACGACAAGGAGAAGCUGGCCGAGGCUAAGAGACUCACUUACCUCAAGGGUUUCACGGACGGAGUGAUGCUGGUGGGCGAGCUCAAGGGGACCAAGGUGCAGGACGCCAAGCCGCAGAUCAAGAAGCUUCUGGUUGAACGAGGUGAAGCAGUACCCUACAGUGAACCAGAGAAGAGGGUGACAUCGCGGUCAGGAGAUGAGUGUGUGGUGGCUCUCACAGACCAGUGGUACCUCACGUACGGCGAGGAGCAGUGGCGCGCCCUGGCAGAGGAGUGCCUUGCGGGCAUGCAGCUUUACAACGAGGAGACCCGGCACGGGUUCCAGCACACGCUGGGGUGGCUUGAUAGGUGGGCGUGCUCACGUUCCUUCGGCCUGGGCACGCGCAUCCCGUGGGACCCACAGUUCCUCAUUGAGUCGCUCUCCGACAGCACCAUCUACAUGGCCUACUACACGCUCUCGCAUAUUCUCCAGGAGGGCGACAUCUUUGGCACGUCAGGCAAGCAGAGCAUCAAGCCGGAGCACCUCUCCCACGCCCUCUGGGACCAUCUGCUGCAGGGCACUCCCAAGCCCGCCGAUUGCCCUGUGCCUGAUGACGUGCUGCAGCGUGCACGUGCGGAGUUUGAGUACUGGUACCCGUUUGACCUGCGAGUGUCGGGGAAGGAUCUGAUCAACAACCAUCUCACCUUCGCCAUCUACAAUCACACCGCCAUGUUCCCCAAGGAGCAAUGGCCAAGGGGAUUCCGCACCAACGGGCAUCUGCUGCUCAACUCCGAAAAGAUGUCAAAGUCGACCGGCAACUUCAAGACCAUCCGCCAGGCCAUCGAGGAGUUCUCUUCGGACGCCACCCGCUUCGCCCUGGCGGAUGCAGGAGACACGGUGGAUGAUGCUAAUUUUGUGGAGGAGACUGCCAACGCCGCCAUUCUGAGGCUCACAAAGGAGAUGACGUGGAUGGAGGAGGUCCUAGCAUCAGCAGCCACAGAGGGAGGUCUGCGCACCGGAGACGAGCGAUCGUUUGCCGAUCGGGUGUUUGAGAACGAGAUCAACCUCGCUGUGGCUCUUUCCAAAGCGGCUUUCGACAACAUGCUGUUCCGCGAGGCCCUCAAAACAGGCUUCUUCGACCUGCAGCUUGCGCGUGACGAGUACCGGCUGUCGUGCGGAGCAGCGGGCAUGCACAAGGACCUGCUGAUGCGCUUCUGCAAAGUGCAGACGCUGCUGCUCAUGCCGAUCUGCCCGCAUUACGGAGAGCACGUGUGGAGAAACAUUUUGAAGCUGCCCGGGGCAGGCAUCACAGCCGGUUGGCCGGAAGCAGCGCCGGCCGACAUGACCCUCAAGGACUGCAUAGUUGAUUUCCGCAAGCUCAUCACCAAGCAGGCAUCAGCGGGAGGAGGAAAAGCCAAGGGGGGGAAGGCAGCGGCAGUACCAAAGGAGGCGCCAAAGAUAGCGGUGGGGGUGGUGUUUGUGGCCGAGCAGUACGGCGGGUGGCAGGCGGAGUGCCUUGGGCUGCUGCAGAAGCAUUUCGACGCGGAGAAGCGGGUGUUUAAUGAUGAUGCUGGGCUGCUUGACGCUCUUAAAGCCAGCCCUGUGGGGCAGCGCCCGGACUUUAAGAAGCUGAUGGGGCAGUGCAUGGGGUUCAUCCGAUUCAAGAAGGAUGCUUCUCUGCUGCACGGCGCACAGGCUCUGGACGUGAAGCUGCAGUUUGACGAGGCCAACGUGCUGCGGGAGAAUGCUGACCUCAUCAAGCGCCAGCUGCAGCUGGAUCAGUUCUCGGUGUUCCUCACAUCAGAUGCUGAUGCCAUUGCUGCAGUCAACUCCAAGGACGCUGCCCGCAUCUCUGCUGCUGUGCCAGAUGCUGAUGCCGUUGCUGCCGUCAACUCCAAGGACGCCGCCCGCAUCUCUGCUGCUGUUCCAGAUGCUGAUGCCGUUGCUGCCGUCAACUCCAAGGACGCUGCCCGCAUCUCUGCUGCUGUGCCAGAUGCUGAUGCCGUUGCUGCCGUCAACUCCAAGGACGCCGCCCGCAUCUCUGCUGCUGUUCCAGAUGCUGAUGCCGUUGCUGCAGUCAACUCCAAGGACGCCGCCCGCAUCUCUGCUGCUGUGCCAGGUGUGUUCCACUUGCUAUUAUCCAGGGAGGGAGAGGGAGGGAGUUCCCGCAGGUGUGUUGGCACAGGUGGUCUAGAUUCCAUCCGGCCUGUUCCAGCGGGCCCCGCGGAGGGCAAACCGUCACUCACUGCGCCCGCGCCAGCGGCGGAAUCCGCCAGCCAUGCUAUCGCGGAAGAACAUGCGGGCGCCGCCAGCGGUACGAGCGGCGCGGAAGGCGGCGCCCCCGCAACGUCGGCGCCUGGCGGAAGGGGACAGCGGGGUGGGCGAGGGCGACAGCGGAGUGGUCGAGGGCGCGGAAGGGGAGGGGCGGGCGCGGAGAGCGGAGGGGAUGGAGGAGAGAGCGGGAGCGGUGAUGUGACCAACCAUCUCGGCGGAAAUGCGGAGGUCAGCGGCGGAGACGGAGGAGGCGGAGGCGGGGGAGGGUGCGGAGUUAUGGGGGGAGGCGUGGCGGGAAGUCGUGGCGGCGCGGGUGGCGGCGCGCAGUGCUCGUGCGUGUCGUUUUCCCCGGAGAUGCAGCGCGCGUUCUUCGAGCUGCACGCGCUGCGGCUCGGAACGGACAAGGCGACGUACGGCGACACGCUCGAGUGGCUGCUGAACGCCGCGAAACCCGCUAUCGAGCAGCUUAAAACGGGGACGGGAGGAGCGGGGGCAGGAGGCGGGGCGCGUUCCGCUAAGAGCGGCAAGAGGAGAAACCGCAAUCGACGUAAACAGGGGCAGAUGGGGGAUCAGCAGGGCGCGGGAGGGGAGGGGGGAGCGGAGGGCGGAGCGGGAGGGGAGGGGGGAGCGGAGGGCGGAGCGGGAGGGGAGGGGGGAGCGGAGGGCGGAGCGGGAGGAGCAGAAGGAGGGGGUGUAGGAGGGGGGGAGGGAGGGGGAGUGGGAGGGGGGGAGGGAGGGGGAGUGGGAGGAGCAGUAGGGGGGGCAACGUGA